AAGUGACAGCUGGUGAUUUUCAGUGAUGGCAGAUGAUGUCGAGAGUAAAGUUCUGAGAUACAAGUCCCGCUUACAGAACAGCACAGAUGAAGAGAAGUUACAAGAAACAUUGUUUAAGAUAGCAGACAUCCCUAUCACAGUGGAUAUUUUGCAGAAGACAAAAAUUGGAAAAGUUGUUAAUGGACUCAGAAAAAAAGGUGGGGACUUGGGAAUUCUUGCCAAAGACAUUGUCACAGAAUGGAAGGCUAUGGUGGCUCGUGUACAGUCUAAAGAAGAAGAGGAGGAGAAGAAUGCUCACUCUGACUCAGAAAAAUCUAAUUCCAGCCCAGAGGAGGAAAAUAAUGGAGGAAGUCCCGAGCAUUAUUAUCUAGAGAAGGAUGACAGUCCAAUAGAAGAGAAAAUAAGGUCACCUCAGGAGAAAUAUCGAAACAAAGAGGUCAACAAACACAGAACAGAUAGACAUUCAUCACAGCGAUCGUCCUCACAUAGUAAGGCUAAAGGAGAAAAACACCGUGAGUCAGAAAACAGGUAUAGUUCUAAAGAGAAAGAUGGUCGACAUUCAUCAAGCAAAGAAAAAAUAAAAAAGGAUGAAAAGAAGUCAGAGGAAAGUAAAAAAAAAUCAUCUGGAGAUGGCAAAAAGUCUUCAAGUACUGAUUAUAAACAAUCUAAGAGUGAGAAAUCUUCUACUGAACAAUCUGAAGUGAAAAGUGAUAAGAAUGUGGAAAAUAACAAGAUUCAUAAACCUCAUUCCAAGACUAAAGAGUGUGAACCUAAUAGUAAAAGUAAAAAGGAAAGUAAACACUCAGAGACUAAGCACUCUGAAAGCAGAAAUUCUAGUAAAGACCAUAGUAAACACUCCGAUCAUAAACAUGGACAUUCUUCAAGUCAUAAAAGUGAAAGUAGACAGUCUGGGAGUAGGCACUCUAAUAGCCAGUCUGGUAGUAAGGACACAAGCCACAGUAGACAUUCAGACAAUGGUCACUCAGGAAAUCAUGCCAAGCAUUCUAGUAGUGGCUCAAAAAGUAAAAACCAUGAUGACAAGAAAUCUUCUAGUCAUUCAUUAGAUAACUGUGAUAAAAUCAGAUGUGAUACAAAACAUUCCAGUAGUAAAUCUAGUGAUAAAGACUUAACUGAUGUCAAAAGGUCAAAGCAUACAUUAUCUGAAAGUGAGAGUGAGAAUUCAGAGGAGGAUAAAGAGGAUAAAAAGCAAAGCAAAGUGUUGGGUCAGUGGGACGGGCUGAGUUCUGAUGUGGAGAUGGACGAGGAACCUGGAGGUUUCUUUUUUAAUGAUGAAUAUGUGGACCAUGAAGCCCUGUUGAAUGAGGCCCUGAGUAAAUAUCACAUGGGACCUCCAAUUUCAGCUCCUUCUAGCAAUUCAGAUAAAAAGUCCCAGGAAAGAUCUGCAGGGGAAGUGGAAAAAGAUAAUUCAAAUAAAGAAAAGUAUUUAGAUUCUAAUAAGAAGAGAAAGGAUUCUGAUGAUAAAGAGAGGAAGGAAAAGAAUAAAAAGGGUGAUUCAAAGCCCCAUUCAUCACAUAAAUCAAAGUCAAACUCUAGUUCAAAAUCGAGCAGUCACAAGCAUGACAGAGAAAACAGAAAACGGAAGCAUGACCAGGAUGAAAAAUCAGAAUCCAAAAAGUCUCGUUCCAAUCCAGAGAGCACAGAGGUUGUUUCUUUUGAGGAAAGUAUUGCUAUCCCUGUCAAAAAACCCAAAGCUGAUCCAAAUUAUGAAAAACUUAAAUCCAAGUUUAAGAUAAAAAAGAAGGGAGAAGCUUCUAAAGAAUCCAAACCCAGAAAUGAGAAGUUAGUGAGUGUGAAACCGGAGACAGAGAGCAGUGAUAAAUUGAAGGUUCCUGUUCCAGGAUCAAAGUUGAAGCUUUCUGAAAGAGACCUUGCUGGCCUCAUGCGUAAUAAUGCUGCAACCACCUAUCGCAACUUUGAGGAGCUUCCAUCUGCGACUACUCAGUUUGAUGACUCUCUUAUUGGACAGAAAAGCUAUGCCAAGACCCAGGUGUACUCAGGAAAGAGGAAUAAUGCUGUCCCAAAAGUCUACUCACUUCAGGAAAUCUGCAUUAAUCUUCUUAUGAACUACAUUGACAGUAUUGAAGCUGUUGGUAAUUCUGUACCAUUCUACAUACUUGAACCAGUGCUUAAAAAAUGUACCCCUGCCCAGCUGUACAGGAUAGAAGACUACAACCCUCAUUUCUUGGAGGAGAGCGAUCAUCUCUGGAAGAUACACUGUGAACGAGAAUUCCGAGAUUCCAAGCCGGACGAGUUUGAAACAUACCGUGAACUAUACCUGAGGAAGUUUGAUGAGAAAGAAAGAAAGUUUAAAAUGAUUAAGGAUAACAUAUCGCAAUCUAUGGCAAAGGCAGCACCAGAAAGGACAGCUAAACUUGCCUAUGUAGACAGUUACGUCAAACCUCCACGUGAGGUUCGCAGACAACAGUUGAAGUACGGAACUGCUGGACCAUCAUCAGGAGAAAGAUCCAAAAAGUUUGCACAUCUCAUGGAUCCUAUAGCUAUUGGAAGGAAAGAAAAGGAGGAAAAAGCUGUAAGGCAGAAAGCUCCCAUGAUGCAGAAAACCAUGAUGAUGAUCAAGAAAAUGCGGAGAUAAAACAUCCAAGACAGAUUAAUUAUCUUCUCUAGGAGGAAUUUAGCCCUAAAAUAACAGAUUAACAAUCUUUUAGAGAUAUUUGUAAAAACUUGUGAAAAUAGUUUUCCGAGUCUCUAUAAUUUUUUUUUGGUGCUAUAGUAAACUUUAAAACUACUAGAUACAAGUAGUUUUUGAACAGCUGAUGUUAAUGUUUUUGAAGCAUGCUUGAAUUCUUGAUCCCAAAGAAAAGAAAUGCUUUUGUAAGUUACUUGUGUAACAUAAAAAAACAUGAUUGUACAAAUUUGUAAAUUUAUAUACAUGUAUGCACUUGUAAAUAUCUAAUAUAUAAUGUUAUUUUACUGAUUAUAUAGCAUCAGUAUAAAAUCAUUUCAUAUUGUCUACCAAUCAGAAAAACUUAGAUGAUUUUAAUUGUGAUCCAAAGGAAUCACAUUUUCUGAACAUGUACAUUGUAUUUGAAUAACUUGAAUCAAAUUAUCUGUACAUACACUUUAAUUCUAUUAGUUAGGACUAAGAAUUUUUCAUCAAUCAGAAUCUCUGUAAAAAUGAAAGACAAAAAGUAGUUGACAUGCUCUUGCCUUACUUUGGUAGGCACUGACACACAUGUCUUAAGUGCUGCUGCAAAAUUGAUGUGCUUGAGACUAGUUUUAGCAUUUAUGUGUCAAACUCUGUGAGGAUGUACAGUGCAUUCAAAAUCCACUUAGUUAGAAAGUUUAAAAAAAAUUGAUACUGAUAUAUAAGAUUUUUUUAAAUUAGAAAACUAUAUUUGUGCAUGGGUGUCUUCUGUCCAUUCUGGAUUAAAUUUUGAUACAAGGCUAUCCCCAUUCUUCUCUUGGUCAUUGAUUCUGCAAAUAAGUUUACUAAUCACCAUUGAUAAACUUUAAUAAGUAUUACACCAAUGUCCACCAAUUUAUAAGUCUAUCCUGAUUCAUGAUUCUGUAUUUUGUUAUAUGCAGACGGUAAUUUAGCUCACAUUUAACACAGUAGCUGCUAUUAACCACUGACCACAAUGAAGGGCAGGGCCUUGAAGCAAUUCUGUUGUUUAAAGGUACAUGUACCCGGUAAUAAAUGAAAUUUAGGCAUUGUAAUAACUCAAGUAUUGCCUACAUGCUUCCUAUGGUGGGUUGAGGAAUAUCAUGAUUCUUAGACCAAACAAAAGUGAAGGUCAGGAGAUACGCAGUAUUAAACUUCAUCACUUUAUAACACCAAAAGUUAUAGACAAAAGUGAAGGUCUAAGAGAAAGGUAGUAAAAACUCAUGCAAUCUCGCCUUCCUUUUAAACAUCUAAGGUCAUAGACAAAGAUGGUCACAGCUGUAUAAAAAUCUUUGUCACACUGAACUAUUAAGAAACAUAUUCAUUCUAAGAAUACUUUUUGUAAUUUGGAAUUUUGAUUGAACUAACAAUUUUGUAAAAAUAAAACGACUGUAAAAAUAAAGAGUUAUGUAUUACAUGUAGAUAGUUCACAUGAAACCAAGUUCAUUUGGAAAAGUCCAUGGUCACAAAAAUGAAGUAGUUUAGUUUUUGCCCAGAAUGAUAAGUAAAUUGUGUAUAUAUAAUGAUAUUUGUUAUUUUGCAGCCAUAUAACAAAGGAUAUUUAGAAACUGUCACAAUGUGAGUGCAGAGGUCAAAUAAGAUUACAUGUAUGAUAUCAAAUUUGUUCUAUUUUGAGUGGAUCUAGUAAGAAAUGGUAGUCUCAGUACAAAUUAAUAAUAAUAUGUGUAUAUUUAUUUACAGUGUAUUUCAAUUUGUUGAUUUUCACAAGUUAAUAAUGCAAUAUAUGUAUUUAUAGCUUAAUUUAUUUACAAUGUAUUUCAACUUGUUGAUUUUCAAUUUUGUUGAUUAUCAUUUUUGUCAUGUUUAAUUUUAUCUGUUUAUGUGUAUAUAAUCAACUAUUCAUGACAAAUUUGAUGUGUAUUGGAAUUUUUUUUUUCCCCAAAAAGAGUAUUCUUAUCAAAUUCUGGAUAAAAUACAGAGUGAACACUUUAAUUACUGGUGCAUGUACAUGAAUUAUUUUCCUGUAUGGAUUGGCUUUUGUACAUGAAUUAUUUUCCUGUAUGGAUUGGCUUUUAUAUAAGAUGUUUUUGAAGAUAGCCAUAUAUUGACUGUGGUGUGGGAUAGAACUUUAUGGUAUUAAAUUAUGGAAGUUUUACUGAUGAUGCACAACAAAAUUAAAAGUUUUUUUUUAAACCUUAUAAA